AUGCAGACAGCGGCAGAGCUCGUGGACGUGGCAAUAGGCGCUGCGCUGUUCGAUCCGUCGAGUUACACUGGCGGCGCGCCGUUGAUUCCCAUGGACGACAGCGGCUCUGGCGAUCGAGAGACGGGCGACGCAGCGCCGGACGUGUGCCAGGAGCUCAUGGACAAGAGCGUGGACGGCGAGGAAAAGAGGAUGGGGCGACCGAGUCACCCGGCGUGGCAGUACUUUGUGCGUGGCGAGAAGCGCAAUCAAUUCCACCACAAUGCCUACUGCCGCCUGUGUCGAGCACAGGGCGUCGAUGCCGUCGCGAUUCGAGGGGUGUCGGGGAACAUGAUCCGCCACUUGCAAAAGUGCGUCUACUGCCCCGUGGAAGUCGUGACGCAGCUGAAGCUGCUGUGCGCGCAGAAAGAUGCAGCGAAUUUCAACAAGCGCCACCAGUCGCCCAGUCGCAGUAGCGUCGACAUGCUGCGGCAAGAGACGACUGGAGCACUGCUGACGAAAAAAAGGACGAAGAAGGCGCGAUGGAGCAAUGACAGAAGCGAGCACAUUGGGUCGUUGCCCGAGGAGACUCGAGACGGCGAGCAAGGAGGUGAUGCAAACUGUACGCAAGUCGCGGCCGGGGGGGACGCCCUUGUGCCACUGCAACGUCCGGUAGUCUCGCCUGAGACGAAUGCCGAACAUGUGGCGAGCAUGCCACUACUUAAACCGCCGAACGAUGCGAAACAGAACACGGCGUCAUCCGACAAGGCAAGUGGGUUGCUGGCGCCUCGACAAUGGCCGUCUGCUGAGAGACAAUGCACAGCGCGUGGUCCACAGGUGCAAAGCACAACUGGACUUGAAAUGACUGAACUUGCAAACAGUGACAUCAGUGCAGAUGCGUUGAGCAUGUCCGUGAUGUCGUCGACGCUGUCGGCGGGCCUACCCUGGGAUUGGGUGUGGAUGGAACAAUCAGCUUUGCUGCUUGGAGACGUGCAAUCCAAAAUUAGGUUACCAAGUGCCGAGUUGCUCUCGUCAAUAGGAUCCGUUUGCCACGACAAGCAGAUUUCGAAGAUGAAAGCUGAGCAAGGUGGGGUCACACUGGCUGUCAACUCAUGGAUGGCUAAGUACCCUCGAACGACAUUCGUUCUACUGUCGCUCGUAAAUGCAGUAGGUGAAGCGACAGUGUGGGAUCUUGUUGACAUGGGAUGUGAAACCAGCGCGCUGGAGGGUGAUCUCAGCGACAAAAUAAAGAGCAGCUUGACUGUGUUGCAGGAAAGUGGCAUCUACGUGAUCAACAUUGUUGCCGACACGGCUCUGGCUUACGCAGCCUCUCGUCUUGCCGUCGAUUCUAGCAAGUCGUCAAGUAUGUCGAUACCUGUACUACCGUGCUUUUCGCACAUGCUGCAGGUGCUGCUCGGUAUCGUCAUGACAGAGUCGGACACGUUCGUGAAGACUGUUGGGGAAAUGGUCGAGCUCGUCGGAGCGUUCUCGAAUCAUCGCGUUGCAAAGAUUUUGCAGCAUGAGUGCGGUGAUAUCGAAGCGACGCUGCGCAUUCCAAUACGGCAAGACUGGUAUUCCUUCAUCGAAGCCGUGGAUUCUGUUCGACAGUACGAAGACAUGGUCAAGAUUGUCUCGUCGAAGGUAUUGCAAGCCUCGUCUAGCGAUGCGGCAGGACAAUCUUCGAGCACCUUGCACACUGACAACUUACGCAAAGAUAGCACGGGUAACACUGUCGAUGAGCUGCUGGAGUGCGGUCUUCCGAGUCAUGUUAUACGGACAGUGCAAGAUUCAGAAUUUUGGGAAAACGUGAUGGCAUUGAGCGAGCUGAUGUCACCGCUAAAGGAGGCAUACAAGAUGACGACUAGUUGUCUUACGUCGCCAUGUUCGCUGUCGGGCAUAUUGUAUCAAUUUGGGAGAAUGCAGCAACAGUAUGAGGCUAUUGCAUCCGACUGGGAGGACGUGUCUGGCGGGUGUCGCUCUGUCGAGCAAGUACGUCUGUUGCUGCAGAAAGUAAAUCACAUGUGGAAGUUGUAUGACCAUCCACUCAUGAUAUUGGGUUACACCUUUGACUACAACCUUCAGCAACCAUUUCUUGCCCUGCACCAGCCAUUGCUCCAGUGGCUAUCGAUCGGCAAGUACGCAAAGCAAUACUUUCAGAGCUGGUUUUGCGCAGCGUCGUCAGCCCAGAGUUCUUCGCGUUGGCCGUCUUUGUGUGACGACGCUGUCGCACAGUUCAUGGAAGACGUUUCUGCUUACAAAGAACGCAAGUAUCCGUUCGACUUGGAGUCUAUGUGUGAUUUCGACAAGCCCAAGCAUUUUUACGUGCUUGUGUCCGACUCGCAUCCGUUGAUGUACAUGUUCGGGUCUCGGCUAUUCAGCUUUGCGACUAGCACGCCGCCUCUGAGUGAUUUGAUUCCUGGAAAAGGCUUUGUUUCUUCUACACCUUCGACAACGCAUUUGCAGCAAACUCUGCUGCCGUUGCUGCGAAUGACGCUGUUUGCCCGCACGGCAACGCGGCUGUCCCAAGACAUGCUUGAGCUCGUUCAACACAGCAGACUAAAGAGUUCCGUUGCGCAUGCGACCAAUGGCGGUAACAUGCAUGAGCCGGUACCGGGAGCCAAUGAUGCGACUUCGUCGUUUCUUUCGGGUAUGCGCUCGGGUAGACAAGUCAAAGCAAGUGGGGCCGACGAAUCACUGGCUCGACUGUGGAAUACGAAGCAAUGGGCAGUGCUGGCUAGACAUUGGAAAGCACAUUGGAAGGAAGAGACCGCUUACAUGAACCGACUUCAGUCCCAACGAGUCAAGGACGGGUCUGCACCGGACAUAGCUCUUGAUGACGUCUUCAAGGUGACGUUGCCAUCUCGAUUUCCUCACGAUCGAGACUGCUCGUCGGCGCACGUGUAG